AUGAAUGUGGGAUUCUACAUGUUUGAGGGGGACAAAUGGAUGUGCACAUGCUCUUUUCCAAAUGAAGACAAUCAUAACCUUGCCCAUGUGAAUAAUUGCUCCACAUCCUGCCAUUGCAGUACUGAUGAGGCAUUGAAUAGUAGAUGGACAUGCAUAUGUGAUGCUGAUAAAUCUCCUGAAGUGGCUGGAAAUCACACAACCAGCUGUUUUGCAGGCUGUGAGUGUGGAAGUGGAUCUGAUGAAACUAAGUCUUAUAAGAAGCUGAUGUCUGGAAAGACCGUGGUCAUCAUUUUUUUGUCAAGUGCUCUGCUCACAGUAGUUGUCUUCACUGCUUCUGUGUUAUGCUGUGUCUACCGGAAAGCAAUGUUCCACGUAUCAUUGCCUCCAUUUGGCUCAGACAAGGAAACAAGUUGCAACAGCUCAACCAACCUAAUAAGCCACGGUGCUUCAUCUCUCCCUGAAUUCAAAGUUCAUAUUGGACCGUCUCCGAUUAAACACAUUGCAGGUUAUAUUUGUGGAUCUUCAUGCUUCUUCCAAAGGAAAGAAGAAGCCGUUCAUGGAGUAAUUACACAGUUUUCUUACUCAGAAUUGGAGAAUGGAACAAACAAAUUCUGCAAAACUAAUUUGAUAGGCAUUGGAGGUAGCAGUCACGUUUACAGGGGUCAUCUAAAAGAUGGUCAAAUUGUGGCAGUUAAGCGAUUAAAAACUCAUGAAAGACCUGAAACAAUUGCUGUUUUUCUGACAGAGAUUGCGUUGAUCUCUAGACUGAAUCAUUGUCAUGUGGUGCCUUUGUUGGGCUACUGCUCAGAAAACAAGGGGAAAUAUGUAGAGAGGUUGCUUGUAUACGAGUAUCUUUCAAAUGGCAAUUUAAGAGAUUGUUUGAAUGGGUCUUUAGGAAAAUGGCUAGACUGGAGAACCCGUGUUGCAAUUGCACUUGGAGCUGCCAAAGGUUUGGAAUAUCUCCAUGACGCAGCUGCUCCACAUAUUUUACACAGAGAUGUAAAAUCCACAAACAUUCUCUUGGACCGGAACUGGAAAGCAAAGAUCACAGAUCUUGGCAUGGCCCAAGAUUUGACAGAUGGGCUCCCAAGCUGCUCUAGUUCUCCAGCAAGAAUAUUGCAUGGGACAUUUGGUUAUUUUGCACCUGAAUAUGCUAUAGUUGGAAAAGCUUCACGUAAAUCAGAUGUAUUCAGUUUUGGAGUGGUGCUUCUGGAGCUGAUAAGUGGUCGACAAGCCAUUCAUAAAUCAUCAUCUACCAAUGGAGAUGAAAGCCUCGUCAUAUGGGGUACCCCUCGUCUCCAAGACAGUAGUAGAGUAAUAUUGGAAUUGGCUGACCCCCAACUGAAAAGAAAAUAUCCAGAAGAAGAAAUGCAAGUGAUGGCUUACUUGGCUAAAGAAUGUUUGUUGAUGGAUCCCGAUGAUCGACCAACCAUGAGUGAAGUUGUUCAAAUACUUUCAACUAUUGCACCUCAACAUCCUACAAGGCUCAAAAUUCCAGUCAAUAUUCUCCUAAAAUCAACCAAAUGCAUUGACAUUGAAGUAAACAAUGAAGAUGAAGAAGAAGAAGAGGCUUCUGACAAAAUAACCGAGUGUUGUGAUUCAAUCAAAUGGGAAGAUGAAUCGAGAAGGCUUUUGAAUCAAUUGAAUGAAAACCAGAAUGUUACAAGUAGUAGUUCACAGGGAGGUGAAGAAGAGUAUGUGAUCUUCCCCAUUUCGAAAAGUGUUAGUAAGAGGAGUUGGAACUCCCAAGAAGAUGAGUCAGUAGUUGAUUUAACUGAGCCCAGGUUUGAAACUUUCUGUGUUGAAAGCAGACCAUCAGAUCUACCUCAAAUGGCUUAGUUAUUUACAAGUAAGUGACCUAAAUAUUAUUAAUAUUGUUGUUAUUGUUAAUACUAUAUUAUGUUUUUAAACAACUUGAAUUCUCUUAUAUAAAUGAAAAGGAAAGUGGGUUAUUAUUCU